AUGUGGGUUGUGAUUAGCUCGGCCCAUGGGCCGAACCAUCCUGAUGCUCCAAACGAUCUGACUUAUCGGAUUGGAUCUGACUUAGAGUCAGCCCGGGCCCCCCCUUGCAUUUCAAGUCCACAUCGAAACGACGUAACUUUUGUGGAGUCCCCGUCGACUCGAUCCAUCGCAAUUUACCCAUCCAGACGCAUUACAGUUCCCGCCUCCGUCCUCCUCACCGUCGCCGCUGCCCUACUCCUCUUUCUCCUCCUUCCUUCCCUUUCCCCUCCACCCUCCGCCUCCCUAUCCUGCCCUCCCUCCGCCGCCGGCAGCACCAGAUCUUCCGAUCCUGUCUCCCCUUCCUCCGACGACAUCGCCUGGCUCAAAUCACAGCUCGCCCGUAACUCCAUUCAAGAGCCUUCCUCCUCGACCUCUACCUGGCAUUCCCUCCGCAAGGGCAUCAAUCCUCGCACCCUCGCCCAGCAGCUCGAGGACCUCGGCCGGUUCAAAGGUAUCUCCCACUAUGAGGGCGAUGAGGGUAGCAAUCACACCGCCCUCCCUUGUCCCGGAGAGCUCUUGGUGGAGGAGCACCACAGCAAUUACGGGGAACCUUGGGCCGGCGGCCGCGACGUCUUUGAGUUUCUAGCCUCGACUGUUGAGCUCAAGCCAUCCGAUGAUGUCCUUGAGAUCGGGUGCGGCACGCUCCGCGUCGGCCUCCAUUUCAUCCGUUACCUCGACGUAGCGCGAUUCCACUGCCUCGAGCGCGAUGAACUCUCACUCAUGGCCGCGCUCCGGUACGAGCUCCCUUCUCAGGGUCUCCUCCACAAGCGGCCUCUGAUUGUCCGGGGAGAUGACAUGGUGCUCGAUAGAUUCGGAUCUGACGUUUUCUAUGAUCUUAUUUAUGCAAGCGCAGUGUUCCUUCACAUCCCUGACACUCUGGUGUGGGUUGGGCUUGAGAGAUUAUCUACCAAGCUAAAACCUGAGAAAGGUCGGAUCUUUAUUUCUCACAAUAUCAAAUUCUGUUCUCGAUUAGGCGGCGAAGAGUGCACGAAGAGGCUCACAAAUUUAGGUUUGGAAUACGUCGAGAAGCAUACGCACGACAGCUUGCUGUUCAGUCAUUAUGAGAUAUGGUUUGAAUUCCAAAAACUCAGAGCCUAGAGCAAACGAGAUUGCUGGAGUCUAGGGGGUUUUCAUUGUAGAACAAGCAGAAUGGCGUCUCUACAGAUCUGGAGCUUGUUGAACAUAGGAAAACAUGGUUGUGGAAAAUGAAGGGUAUGCAGAUAAGCUUUACGAUUGCUGAACUUUGGCGAGGUCAUUCGAAUCUUCCUUUUCACAUUUCCAAUUCCAUUGAAUUUCGCAAACUGUUCAGGAUUUUACUUCUUCUCGAACAGUUUUGAGACUGCCUCGAGGUAGCUAUUGAUCAUCUUGUUUUUUUGUUUUUGUUUUUUUUUCUGUGUGUGCUUAUCAAAUAUCUUUACCAAACUGUUUGAUGGGAUUUUGUGAUUGUAGUAAUCAUUGAAUCUUUUUGGUUAA